AUGCCUUGUUUUAGUGGUUAUGAGGGCUGGCGAUCAGUUCGCAGAAGAAGCAGCAACAUAAUGACCUUAGAAACCAAUCUUCGGGAAUGGCUUUUUAGAAAAUUCAUUAAAAAUCAGAAAGAAAGUCCUGCAAAAAAAGAUUGUCAAGUAGAGCCUCCUUCCGAUGAUGAAUUCAUCAUGUUGAUGGGAAUUGGUUCGGAUGAUUCAUCACCUCAGUUUGAAAAAUUAUAUAUUACUUUUAGGAGAAAUUCUUUGAUGUGGGAUACAGAUUUUUUGAAAAACGAUUUAACCAAGUGGUUGAACGACGGUAUUUCUCCAAGCACUGUUGACGAAUGCAUGGGUGAAAUUGAGCUAGAUCAAUCGCUUGUUGGCCGUAGACGAAGAGUUGUACUUGGAAAUGUGAAAAGGUUAUUUAACAAAAUGACAAGAAACGAAAGCAGAAUGAAAAGAUCAGUGAGAAUGAAUGAAAACAAUGACGAUAUAGAAAAAGGAUAUUGUAAUGAUCGGGGUGAAAAAUCUCAAUUGUUUGAAAAUUUUGUUAGAAAUCAUGUGAUUGCAAGUGUUUUUGAAUAUGUUGACACACAGUCGUUGAUACAAAACUGUUCAAACGUAUGUCCUGAAUGGCAUCAACUAAUUCUUUACGACGAGAGCGCUUCACAUCAAAUUUUUGCCACAAGGAUUGUGAAUGUUCUCAAGAGAGUUGCUCGUCAAAGUGAUAGCUCAAAUUUAAUAUCUCUCUUUCAAUUAGAGAAUAUCAACCAAAAUCUUUCUCAUUUUAAGGAUUUGUACAGCAAUAUGAGAUGGAUAGACAUUUAUCUUCUUUGUGGAAUGUUUCAUUUUGAAAUGUACCAAGAUUAUUUUAUUACUAAAUUCGACUCAUUACUUAGCGGUCAUGAUAACGAUAGUGACAAUGAAGAGUGGUUCAACAGCAUUUUUCAGUUUAAUCCAUUUCAACAAUUAACUCUUCCAAAAGAGCAUGUGCUGUCAAGAAGUCUAAGUCGCCAUAGCAACAAGCUAGUAUUUGUUCACAAGAGUGACAAUGCAGCUAAAAACACUUUAUACAACAUAAUUGAAGCACACCCUAUGUUUACGGGUGUAUGUAAAUUGGACUCGUCCAAGAGAGGAAUUAUUUCAUUAAUGGAGGCUGUGAUUACUCAGCCGUGUGUCACUCCUCUUUCACAAUAUCACAACUUUAGUAUUGAUUUUGAUGAAGGUUUGAAAUUAUAUUUACACUUUUUGAAGGAUGUUGCCAAUCUAUUUCAACCAUUCUCGCUUUUAAAAGCUGACAAGCAAGAUAUUGCGCCAGUCCGAAUUCUUGCCAAAUGUUUGAUCAAAAUGCAAGAAAAAGCAAGAUAUUUUGCAUUUGAAAUUUUAGAAAAGAACCUCUUACACCCAACUGUCAUGUUCGUUGGAGAUGAUGUCUUGAUUGGGUUGCACCUCUUGUUACUCGACAACUUUUACAAGACGGGUCAAAAUUUGAAUAAUCUUCCUCACAUACAUUUUACAAAGCUGCUCUUGCAAAGAAAACGGACAUUGCAGAAUACCCAUCAAGUUGCCAUGUUUCCACCACAACUUCAGGAAGAUUUCUUGCAAUUCGCCCUUUCUCAAACCAAAAAUCCAGAAAAUACUACAAUUACAAGUCCUCCUUUUCCAAGAGCAUACUCUGCUGUGGAAUUUAUUACGGAACACAUUAUUGAGCUGAGUAAGAUGUGUCCCAUCGAAGACAUUUCUAACACAAAGGACAGCUUUUCUAGAUGGGUGGAUGAACAACUCAUUUCCUAUCUCCAGCUCAUCAAAUCCACUAAUCCAAGAGUAGUACCUUCAAAGAGUCAAGAUUUACUGUUUCAUUUCCACAUGCUUCAUCCUCACCAUUUCGUUCAAGAUUGCCAAAGACUCACACAAAAUAUUCUCUCUCACCACUUUAAUUUCAGCAAGGAAAAUAGAAAGUAA